UCACAGAACUGGAGUCAAAUCUAAAAGCCUUACAACACCACCAGAGAAACAACACGACUGAGGAGCAAAACAAAACCACAAAAGCCACUGAAAAUGUUGUGCCUGCAUGGAUUCCAGCCUUCCCUCAGCUCAUUCAUGGGAACUGACUGGCCAGUGCGCAGUCUCUGGCAGGAGAUCACACCUCUUUACAGACACGCAGAGGUACUGCAGGAGCUGAAGAGCAGCCUGGAGCAGCUGGAGAAACUUCAGCACAAGAUCUCUGAGGAGAUCCAGCAGAUGCCACCCUCACAGGAGAUCUACCCAGUCGCCUGCGCAAUGGAGAAAGAGGGAAGCGGCUUUGCUUUGACGCUGGACACUAAAGACUUUUCCCCAGAAGAGCUGUCGGUCAGACAGGUGGGCGGGAAGCUGCAUGUCAGCGGAAAGAGCGAGAAGAAGCAGGAGGAUGGGAAAGGCUCGUACUCUUACAGAAUCCAAGAGUUCAGACGAGUGUUUGAUCUGCCUCAAGGAGUGAAUCCUGACGCGGUGACCUGCUCCAUGGCUGAUGGAAAGCUCUACAUACAGGCACCAGUAAAUCAGCCAUCUGAAGCAGCUGAGAGGAUGCUGCCCAUUAACUGUCAAACCGUGAAGACAACGCAGCCAGAGACAGACGAGACACAACACGACGCCAGCGCAGCACAGAAGACACUCGACAAUCCUGAAAGCUCUGAAUACAGAGUACAACCUUCUGCUGGACAAUCUUAAACAAUCAUGUUUUAUUUUAAUUUAAAAAAAUUUGUGUCCUAGUUAAUUGUUUUCUACAUGAACAAAAAGAUGGAUUUUUUUAUAUUCUUCACUGAAUUAAAUAAAAAAUAAGCAUAAAAGUACAUUUUUCUUUGUUUAUUUUAUUUGAUUUUUUUUUAUACUUCUCUACAUGAUAAAGAAAUGUUGUAGAAUAAAAUCUCCAAAAUUAAUUAUUCAAAAAAUUAAAUACUUGUCUAAAACUAUAAAAGACAAUUUACAAAUGUCACCAUAAAAAAUGUUAAUGAAUUUGCUAACAGUGGAAAGAAAAGACAAAAUAUGUAAGACUAGUUGCAUAAACAUUGGAACUAAAAAAAUAAAAACAUACACAAA